AUGCUGAAGAACUUCAUCCUAAACGUGCCGAACAUGCAAGCGGGGCGGAUCUGGGUGCUGAUCACCUCGUGUUUCUCGCACAUGACAACGACGCACAUCCUGGUCAACUCGAUCGGCCUGUGGUUCGCCGGCCCCGCCGUCGCGUCCAUCCUCGGCACAUCGGGCUAUCUCCUCUUCUACCUUGGUGCGGGCAUCUUCAGUGCCCUGACGUCGCUGUGGUGGCAGAACCGCAAGCCCGGGUGGACGAUUGGCAGUGAGGGCGCCUCGGGGGCGAUCUACGGCUGCAUGGCCUUCUUCGGCACCAUGUUCCCCAAGGCGACUUUCUUGCUCUUCUUCGUGAUUCCCAUGCCGGCGUGGGCGCUCCUCAGCGGCGUGUUUGUGUGGGACGCUUGGCGCAUGGUGUACGACCCCGCGUCCAAGAUUGAUGGCGCGGGUCAUAUUGGCGGUAUCAUUGCUGGAGUCGUUACCGCGCUCGUGUGCAAGAGGCGAUACAGGCGCAUGUGGUAG